AUGGAUUUUCUCCGUGCCUGCGUUUUGUGUGCUGCGGCUUUAUUCACCGUGUCCAAAGCUUUCACGCACAAGGACAUGAAGGAUACCCUACUUCAAAAACUAGGACUGGAUGAAGUUCCGAAAAUUCACAAAAGGGAUUUGGAGAAUCUUGUAAUGCCUGCGCACAUUAAGAAUAAAUACCUGUCAAUGCUGAAGCUGCACCACGAAAGGCGGCGCAGGUCUCUGCCAAGCUUGGCUGGGAUUCUGAGGGGAAUCCCAGGAAAUGCAGACAUCUAUGGGGAGUUUGUGUACUCGGACACCACUCGGCAACGGAUGGUCUUUGACAUGGACACCCGCAUCCCCCAUAACAGCGAGGUGACCAUGGCCGAACUGAAACUGUACAAGAAAGCCCCUCCUCACAAGCGCUCCAUGCCCGAGAGGAGGAACCACCGUCCGGUUAACAACGCCAGAGUCUCCAUCUACUGGGUAGAGAUGCUGGAGAACGGCUCCAACACAACAUCUCUGGUGGACUCACGGUUGAUCCCCAUCCAUGAGACUGGCUGGAUAAGCUUUGAUGUCACACAGGGUGUGCACUAUUGGUCAAAGACGCAGCAGAAAACACCUAUGAACCUAGAGGUGUGGAUCGAGGGCGAGAGACCUGGCAGCUACGCGGCAGAAAUGGCCAAGAGUGUCCACUUUACCACCCAGGAGCAGGCGGACAACACCUUGGGAAAACCUGAGCUGAUCCUCUACACACUCAACCUCGAAGAGUUUGGGUCUCGAGGUGACUGUGAAAUCAAUCCUGAUAAGGACACGUGCUGCAGAGAAAAAUACUUCAUCAAUUUCCGCGCGCUCACGUGGACCCAGUAUUGGAUAAUCGAACCAGCGGGCUACCAGGCCUACCGAUGCGCUGGAGGGUGCAAGCAGCCCAAGCGAAACUACGGCUACGGGGAGCGGAAGUGUACCAUCGCGGAGAGCGCCCCGCUGCCCAUGAUGUACCUGGUCAAGAAGGGUGACUACACGGAGAUAGAAGUGGCCGAGUUCCCCAACAUGAUCGUGGAGUCGUGUGCCUGCACCAUGGACAACAUCUCCAUAGUUUGAAGUCAAGCGUUGUAGACUGGGCAGGGCAGCUCCAAAUUAACUCCAAGUACUUUUCUAUUGAAAGUGGGAAUAUAAUAAGAGGGAGCAUGACAGAUCUCUUGAGACAAAUUCUAUUCAC